UCCGCAGAUCUCAGAGAGCCCCAGACUGAGGGAAGCAUGGACGUGUGGAGAGGGGAUGCCUCGCUGGGGACUGCUGCUGCUGCUCUGGGGCUCCUGCACCUGCGCUCUCCCGACAGACACCAUCACCUUUAAACGGAUCUCCCUUAAGAGAAUGCCCUCAAUCCGAGAAAGCCUGAAGGAACGAGGUGUGGAUAUGGCCAGGCUUGGACCUGAGAGGAUGGCCCUUGUCAACGUCACCUCCUCUGUGAUCCUCACCAAUUACAUGGACACCCAGUACUAUGGUGAGAUUGGCAUCGGCACCCCACCCCAGAUCUUCAAAGUUGUCUUUGACACUGGUUCGUCCAAUGUUUGGGUCCCGUCCUCCAAGUGCAGCCGUCUCUACACUGCCUGUGCGUAUCACAAGCUCUUCGAUGCUUCGGAUUCCUCCAGCUAUAAGCACAACGGGACGGAACUUACCCUCCGCUAUUCAACAGGAACAGUCAGUGGCUUUCUGAGCCAGGACGUCAUCACUGUGGGUGGAAUCACGGUGACGCAGACAUUUGGAGAGGUCACGGAGAUGCCCGCCUUACCCUUCAUGCUGGCUGAGUUUGAUGGGGUUGUGGGCAUGGGCUUCAUUGAACAGGCCAUUGGCAGGGUCACCCCUCUCUUCGACAACAUCAUCUCCCAAGGGGUGCUAAAAGAAGAUGUCUUCUCUUUCUACUAUAACAGAGAUUCCGAGAAUUCCCAAUCGCUGGGAGGACAGAUUGUGCUGGGAGGCAGCGACCCACAGCAUUAUGAAGGGAAUUUCCACUAUAUCAACCUCAUCAGGACUGGCCUCUGGCAGAUUCCAAUGAAGGGGGUGUCUGUGGGGUCAUCCACCUUGCUCUGUGAGGACGGCUGCCUGGCACUGGUGGACACGGGUGCAUCCUACAUCUCGGGUUCUACCAGCUCCAUAGAGAAGCUCAUGGAGGCUCUGGGGGCCAAGAAGAGGCUGUUUGAUUACGUUGUGAAGUGUAACGAGGGCCCUACACUCCCGGACAUCGCUUUCCACCUGGGCGGCAAAGAAUACACGCUCACCAGCGCGGACUAUGUAUUUCAGGAAUCCUACAGCAGUAAAAAGCUGUGCACACUGGCCAUCCACGCCAUGGAUAUCCCACCACCCACUGGACCCACCUGGGCCCUGGGCGCCACCUUUAUCCGAAAGUUCUACACAGAGUUUGAUCGUCGUAACAACCGCAUUGGCUUCGCCUUGGCCCGCUGAGGCCCUCUGCUGCCCAGGCAGGCCCUGCCUUCAGCCCUGGCCCAGAGCUGGAACACUCUCUGGGAUGCCCCUCUGCCUGGGCUUAUGCCGUCACGUGGAGGCACCGGGUAUGGAGCUCCUGCUGGAGGCGUGCCCUGACCCCUGCACCAGCCCUUCCCUGCUUUGAAGACAAACAGAAUAAAGACUUCAUGUUCACAGCC